AUGAGUGAGACCCUCACGCACCUAGGAUGGGCACUGGACACAGCUGCUCAGGACAUGGGGCCUCAUCUUAGUCAAAUACAAACGUUUCAAUUUGGUGGAUCUCCCUCUUCCCUUCUAGACAUCCUUUGGACCUGUGGACGCCUUACCACCUCUUCCAGGCCCACUGUUGAGUCUGUACCACCCAGCGUUCCUCACGGGGGGAGUGUUUUUCUACUUGUUCGCAAUCCACCAGAGAAUAUGGUAGGCUUUAUCUGGUACAAAUGGAUGAAUACAUACACGAGAGUUGAGGUUGGCCGAUAUAUGAUAGACAAGAAAUCAUUUCAGCUGGGUCCUGCAUACAGUGGCAGAGAGACAUUGUACAGUGAUGGAACCCUGCUGCUUCGUGAUGUCACUCAGGAGGAAUCAUAUGUUAUACAAUUACUUAGAACCUAUCUGGAAACUGAAGAACCAAGUGUGAAAGUCCAGGUGGACGCUUCCCUUUCUGUGUUCUGUAACCCUCUCACUUCCUCCCCACUCAUGAUCCAACUAGUGCCUCGGUAUCCUGCUGAAGGGGAGAGCAUUCUUUUCCAAGUUCAUAAUCUUCCAGAAGAUGUGGAAUUCUUUUACUGGUAUAUUGGCCUGAACCCUAGAAUUGUACAAUACAACAGAGACACGAAUUCCAUCUCUUGGUGGCCUACAUACAGAAAAAGAGGAUGGAUGUUGUACAAUAAUGGAUCCCUGCUGCUCCGGGGAGUCACUGUGAAAGAUAAUGGAAAGUACAUACUAGUCUUAUCAACAAAAGAUUCUGAAAUUGAAAGAGCAGAAGUGGAACUUCAUGUAAAGAAGUAUGUGACACAGCCCUUUGUGCGAAUCACUGACACCACAAUUGCAGGGCAGAGAUCUGUGACCUUCUCCUGCAUUUCACCUGACACUGAUAUCUCUAUCCGUUGGAUCUUCAAUAAGCAGAAUUUGAAGCUCACAGAGAGUAUGACUCUGUCCCCAACAAAGUGUGGACUCAGAAUAGAUUCCAUCAAAAGAGAGAAUGCUGGAGAGUAUAAGUGUGAGGUUUCCAACCGAUUCGGCUCGAAGACCAGUCCCCCAGUUUUCUGGCCAUGA